UGGUGGUUGAGCUCUUUCAUAAAGCCUUUAUAGAACGACUCUAGGUUAACGGGAAACUAACUGUUGCCUGCAUGUGGAAGGUUUUAUUUCCUAUAAUUUUGGAAUGACAUUUUUUGCUGUUUUUUUCCUUGAGAAAUAGAGACACAAAAAAUCUGAGCAGAAUACUGCUGUCCUCAUUUCUAAGGAAGAACAAAUAAUGAGUAACAACUUCUAAUGCAGUAACACAAUCUUAAGGGCCAAAUGAUAAAUUAAUGGAAACAGGUUCUUGUAUAUGGUUUUGGAGACCAAGCACAUUUGAUUGAAUUGUUUCACAACUAGCAUGCCUAAUUAUUGUGUCUGCCACAUUCAUUUAUUUAAAUCAUUCCCAACUUUUGGAUUGCUGCCUGGAAUAUUACUGCAGUACAUGUUUCAACUGGUUAUUCCCUUGUCACGUGUAGCUUCACAAAGGAGGAUGUUUGUUUUUUGUUUGUUUUUUUUUUAAAGUGUGAACUUUGGCUGUAUGUUUAUAAUAUAUGAUAAAAAGGGGCUAUAGGUUUCAUAAUGUUGAUUUGAAUGAGUUGCACGUGAACUGAUGCUGUAUUUAUUUUGUCAGGUCAGUGACUAAAAAAGUGCCUUUGCCAAGUCACUUUUACGAGCGAGGACUGCUACGCCUGUGUUCUCAAAAUCCCAUCUUUGCCAGCCAGACAUUGCCUUCACCUUACACCUGGCAGAAGAUACCUCAGCUGUCUCCAUUUGCCAAUUAGUUGAUGGGAAACUGAAAGCAGAAAAAGGAUUAUUGUUAUUAUUCCUGGGACAUGAACAAAUGACUACAUUGCUUUUCUCAUGUAAUCAGUAUCGGCAAGCAACCGUCAGAGGACUGCUAUUCUGUCAAGGAGUGCCAUUGCAUUGAUGGACCUUGGCUUAAAACCAGUGCAUCCGUGAUUACAAUCAACAAACCCACGUGUUUUACAGACAGAAAUGCGACUGAGCAUGUGUUUUCCCAGCCAAAAGUCUACAAGUGGGACUUAAUGAUUGAUGAGUGACUGCUUGCUGAUAAACUUUCUCUGCUUGUUCUGCUUUGUGUGUGUUGGACGCUGUUAAUCGUCCCCCACUGUUUGUUUUUUUUAACUUUCUUUUCAAUUAGAAUUGAAGUUGUUUUUGUUUUUGGUUUUUUUUCCUGAUCCCCCCCCCCACCUCCUUUGUGAUUAGUUUUGGAAAUUUUUUCAGCAUAAUUCACCUGACAGCAACUUACAAGUUCAAAAUCAGCUUCUCAUCAUGGCUUUGAAUGUUGCUCCCGUAAGAGACACAAAAUGGCUGACAUUAGAAGUGUGCAGGCAGUUUCAGAGGGGAACUUGUUCACGCUCUGAUGAAGAAUGCAAAUUUGCACACCCCCCUAAAAGUUGCCAGGUUGAAAAUGGAAGAGUUAUUGCCUGCUUUGAUUCCUUAAAGGGUCGUUGUACAAGAGAGAACUGCAAGUACCUUCAUCCACCAACACAUUUAAAAACUCAACUGGAAAUCAAUGGCAGGAACAACUUAAUCCAACAAAAAACAGCAGCAGCAAUGCUCGCCCAGCAAAUGCAGUUCAUGUUUCCAGGGACACCGCUACAGCCAGUGCCCACAUUUCCAGUGGGUCCCACAAUAGGAACGAACACGGCUAUUAGCUUUGCUCCUUACCUAACGCCAGUAACACCAGGAGUUGGCUUAGUCCCGACUGAGAUCCUACCCACGCCACCUGUCAUUGUUCCUGGAAGUCCACCGGUUUCAGUCCCCAGUUCAACUGCUACCCAGAAACUCCUCAGGACUGAUAAACUGGAGGUGUGCAGGGAGUUCCAGCGGGGGAACUGUGCGCGUGGAGAGACUGAUUGCCGCUUUGCGCAUCCGGCAGACAGCACAAUGAUUGACACAAACGACAACACCGUAACCGUGUGUAUGGAUUACAUAAAAGGUCGUUGCAUGAGGGAGAAAUGCAAGUAUUUUCACCCUCCUGCACAUUUGCAGGCCAAAAUCAAAGCGGCGCAACACCAAGCCAACCAGGCUGCAGUGGCAGCCCAGGCAGCUGCGGCAGCUGCGACUGUGAUGACUCAGUCGACUGCCAAAGCAAUGAAGCGACCUCUCGAAGCAACUGUAGACCUGGCCUUUCCUCCUGGUGUUCUUCACCCAUUACCAAAGAGACAAGCACUUGAAAAAAGCAAUGGUGCCAGUGCCGUUUUCAAUCCCAGUGUCUUGCACUAUCAACAGGCUCUUGCCAAUGCUCAGUUGCAGCAACAUGCAGCGUUUAUCCCAACAGGGUCAGUUUUGUGCAUGACACCCGCUACCAGUAUUGUACCCAUGAUGCACAACGCUACGGCCGCCACUGUCUCUGCAGCAACAACUCCUGCAACAAGUGUUCCCUUCGCCGCAACAGCCACAGCAAAUCAGGUUUGCUCCUUUUAAAGCUUUCUUUCACAAGAUCCUGAACUCUAAAUGAGUGCUGAGAUUUUUAUUUUAAUUUUUUUUUAACAAAAAAAUUCUCACAGAGAAUUUUUUUUUAUUUCUGUGUUUACCCCAUCAAAUUUUACUUUUAUUUUUAAGUCGUUUAUAGCAAGUGUUUGUGGGACAGGUUGCACUUAUUUAGAGUUAACAUUUGUUGCAAAUAAUGAUGUAGCUGUGUUUUGUGUUGCGAUGUUUGUACCUAAUUAUUGUGUAAUUAACCCAGCUGGAGUUAGAAUCACCGUAGUACUGGACUACUUACAAAAGUCUAUUAUUAACUCCUAAGUUCAAAAGGAAGAUCAUCACAGAUUUCAAGCAUUCAGGUGUGUUAAUGUAGCCUUCUCCAUGAGGUAUGGAAGUGACUAAUUUGUAAGCAU